GCGGAGGAGAUUGGACUUGUUAUCAUCGAGUGCAAACCACAGCGCUUAGAGCUUGAGCACCUUGAGUGAUGCUAUUUCAGACCCCUGAACUGUUCAAUACUGUUGAAGAAAAUGUUCGAAAGAUUAGUUUUGUUCUGUUUGUGCUGUUGCCGUCUGAUUGGUGUGUUUGCUGAUUCAGAUGCAGUGAAGUUAGUGUCAGUGAUGGAGGGAGAUUCAGUCACUCUACAGACUGAUACUGAGCUACAGACAGAUGAUCUGAUUUUGUGGAACUUUAAAACGAACGGGCCUCUUAUUGCGAAAAUCAACCGCGCGACCAACGACAGCUCAAUUUAUUAUGAAGUUCUUGGUGGGAGAUUCAGAGACAGACUGAAGGUGGACAAUCAAACAGGAUUUCUGACCAUCACAAACACCAGAAUCACAGACUCUAAAGUUUAUCAAAUGACCAUCAGCCGCAGCAAAACAAAAACCAAACAUAUAUUCAGUGUCGUUGUCUAUGCUCGUCUGCCCGUUCCAGUCAUUAUCAGUGAAUUCCCAGAAAAUUCAUCAUCAGUGUCCAGAUGUGUGCUGCUGUGUUCAGCUGUGAAUGUGAGUCAUGUGACUCUCUCCUGGUACAAAGGAAACAGUUUAUUCUCCAGCAUCAGUGUGUCUGAUCGCAACAGAAGCCUUUCUUUAUAUCUGGAGUGUCUGGACGAUUCGUACAGCUGUGUGCUGAACAACUCCAUCAGCAACCAGACUAAAUAUGUUAACAUCACUGAGCUCUGUCAGCCAUGUUCAGAUUGUGCUUUCUGUUGUCACGCUUCUGAAACUAUCGCCCGAUUGGUCGCCUCUGUUCUGGUGGGCGUGGCUACUGUUUUUGUUUUAGUUUAUGACAUCAUCACAUCCAGGAAAGAUGAAUAA